AUGAACGGAAAACGUAACGAACCUGAAUAUGCUUUUGUAUUUAUUGACGGCUUCACUAAGUAUGUCCAUAUGAUUUAUACAAAUGAUCGUACUAGUGAAACUGCUAUUAAAUGUUUUCAAAAUCUAAUUUCAAUAUUUGGCCCUCCAUCACGAUUAAUUACUGACCAAGAUAAAAGCAUGACUUCUACAGAGUUUAAUAACUUUUGCGAACGGUAUGGGAUUCAACACCACGUAGUAGCAAAGGGAGCUAGUAGGGCCAACGGUCAGGUUGAGCGAUUAAUGAAAGUUAUAAAGGAUAACAUGUCUGUUAUUGAACUAAGUAGGCCAUGGCACACAGCUUUACAAGAAUUACAAUUAGCUAUAAACUGCACAAUAUCAAAAAGUACAGGUAAAAGUCCCAUGGAAUUAUUAUUAGGAAAAAGAUGUUCCCCACCUGCCAUUAAAAUAUUGCAAAUUGACGAUGACAUACUAACAGACGACUUAGAGGAAGUUAGAUUGAUUGCUAAAAAACGGAUGGACGAGCGGUCCCUUAACGAUAAAACUCGUUUUGAUAAAGGUAAAGCCACAAUCCACUCAUUUAAAGUCGGUGAUUUCGUCUUAAUGCGGCGCCAUGAACGACACACUACUAAGUUAGGCUCUAAAUUUGAAGGUCCAAUGGAAAUUUUAGAAAUAUUACCAAAUGAUCGAUAUAGACUUAAACAUGUUAACCUUCGUGGCUGUUCAGAAAAGAUCGCAAGUCACGAUGCCUUGCGUCCUGCCCCUAUAGCUCAAUCAGACCCUUUUAAUGAUUCUGACAACUCAGACGAAUUGACCUUAUGGGCAGAGAAGUCGGUGGAGACCGAGGGUGCUUCCACUUCCUUCGCGGACAAUGUUGGUUCUAUAUGA